CGCCUCCUCUAGCCUCCAGCCUCUCUCUCUCUCUCUCUCGCCUCCUCCUCCCUCUGCUGGAAGCUCGUCGAGAUGUCGUCCGAGGCGGCGAAGGUGGUGGUGCCGGAGUCGGUGCUCCUCAAGAGGAAGCGGGAGGAGCUCUGGGCCGCCGAGAAGAAGACCAAGGCCGUCGAGGAGAAGAAGAAGUCGACGGAGAACCGCAAGGUCAUCUUCGCCCGCGCCAAGCAGUACGCCGAGGAGUACGAUGCACAGGACAAGGAGUUGGUUCAGCUUAAGCGUGAGGCCCGGAUGAAGGGUGGGUUCUAUGUCAGUCCUGAGGCUAAGUUGCUGUUUGUUGUCCGAAUCAGAGGUAUCAAUGCCAUGCACCCAAAAACCAAGAAGAUCCUCCAGCUUUUGCGUUUGAGACAGAUAUUCAAUGGAGUGUUCCUCAAGGUUAACAAGGCCACCAUCAACAUGCUCCGCAGGGUCGAGCCAUAUGUUGCAUAUGGGUACCCGAACCUGAAGAGCGUGAGGGAGUUGAUCUACAAGAGGGGUUAUGGAAAGCUCAACAAGCAAAGGAUUCCUCUGACUAACAACAAGGUCAUCGAGGAGGGUCUUGGAAAGCACAACAUCAUCUGCAUUGAAGACGUUGUCCAUGAGAUCUUGACGGUUGGCCCUCACUUCAAGGAGGCCAACAACUUCCUGUGGCCAUUCAAGCUCAAGGCGCCGCUGGGAGGCCUCAAGAAGAAGAGGAACCACUACGUCGAGGGUGGUGACGCCGGCAACCGUGAGGACUACAUCAACCAGCUCGUCAGGAGGAUGAACUAGGUUGAUUGAUCGAUGGCGCCUUGUGUUUGGAAGAUGUUUUGUUUGUUAAGCCCGCUUUACAUUAGGAAGUGGAUGGUGGAUGCAGUUUUGAUAUUUCGGAACCAUGAUGCAUGUUUGGAAGAAUCUGACUCUGUAUGUGGAUGUUAUGAGACGUAUUUAAUCUCCUCCUAUGUUCUGAGAA